AUGUCUUGCGGCUGCAUCAACAACGAUACCAUGGAAUCAAAUGCUGUUUUAAUAGAAAAGUGCAAACAAGGUUCAUUGACCGAGGUUAAAGACGUCGUCGAAAAGUAUGCAAACUCAUCUGUUAUAGGUGCGUUACAUCAAGCCUCUGCUCGUGGAGCCGUGGAUAUUGUUACCUAUCUGGUUGACCAGCAUGCUAAAAUAUCCGACAAAGGAGGGCGAACAGCCCUCCAUGGUACUGUUGGAUAUGGCUCCGUUGAGCUGGCCAGGCGACUACUUCAUCAUGGUGCUGAUGCGAAUUGCCAAGACAACGACGACCGAACACCACUCCACUGCAGCGUACUGGGAGACGAAUCAAAAAAACAUAUCAAGGGCAUGGUGGCCCUCCUGGUUAAAAACGGAGCUAAUAUUAUGAUACUUGAUGGCAACGGCCGACAGGCCUGCUGGCUGGCCCGCGGAAAGCCAGAGAUUCAGAAGUUUCUCAAUGAUGAGGAAGAUCAACGCGCGAAUAUGGGAGUGAAGUGA